AUGCCUCCAAAGAAAGAUACAAAGGAUACAAAGACUAGUAAGAGUAAAGAAACAGGAACGACCAAGAAAGCGCCAACUGCUUACAAUCUUUUUAUGAGAACUGAACUUCCUAAGGUCAAAGCCGAAAAUCCUGCCAUGGAUCACAAGGAAGCGUUCAAGCGUGCCGCGAGCAGAUGGAAAGAUAGCGCAGAUAAUCCAAAGAAUAAAUCUGAAUAA